CCAAAUGAGAAUUUGUAGGCGGGCUAUUCCAACUUUCAUUCAAAUUUGUAUUUGGUCCAGCAUCUCUCACAACCAAGCUGCAAUGAGCAAGUCCUUACUACAAGAGCCUAUCAAGUCGGAGGAAGAUUCUGAAGAGUUCUUAGGACCCUUGGCAAUACAAAAGUUGGAACAAGUUGGAAUCUCUUCAACUGAUAUCAAAAAGCUACAAGAUGCUGGAUAUCAUACCAUAGAAUCUGUUGCUUAUACGACGAAAAAGACAUUGCUAGACGUCAAGGGGAUAAGUGAAGCCAAAGCAGAAAAGAUUAUCAACGAGUGUGCCAAAUUAGUAAAUAUGGGUUUCACUACUGCCUAUGAAUAUCACAAGACUAGACAAGAAAUUAUUUCAUUGACCACCGGAAGUCAGGAAUUGGAUAACCUGUUGGCUGGAGGAAUAGAAACUGGUUCUAUCACUGAACUGUUUGGAGAGUUUCGUACCGGAAAAACACAAUUAUGUCAUACUCUUUGUGUUACUUGUCAGUUACCUAUCGAAAAUGGAGGUGGAGAAGGCAAAGCGUUGUACAUAGAUUCGGAAGGUACAUUUAGACCUGAAAGGAUUGUGGCCAUUUCGGAACGAUAUGGUUUGAAUAGUGAAGAUGUUUUGAACAACAUUGCUGUUGCACGUGCAUAUAAUUCCGAUCAUCAACUUCAGUUGUUAACUCAAGCAUGUGCAUUGAUGGCAGAAAGCAGAUAUGCUCUUAUUAUAGUGGAUUCUGCUACUGCUUUAUAUCGUACCGAUUAUUCUGGAAGAGGAGAACUUGCAGCCAGACAACAACAUAUGGCAAGGUUCUUACGAGCAUUACAAAAACUUGCAGACGAAUUUGGUGUUGCUGUAGUUAUUACUAAUCAAGUAGUUGCACAAGUGGAUGGUGGUGCUAUGUUUGCUGUUGAUCCUAAAAAGCCAAUUGGAGGAAAUAUUAUUGCACAUGCAUCUCAAACCAGAUUGUAUUUGAGAAAAGGAAGAGCAGAGAAUCGUAUAUGCAAGAUAUAUGAUUCACCUUGUUUACCUGAAGCAGAAGCCACGUUCUCCAUAAUGGCAGAUGGUAUUCGAGAUGCUUCUGAUUAGUAUUCCAUUGAUAAUGCAUUAAAUAGACGAACAACUAU